AUGCAGGUCGAGGUUGGAAAGGAUCCAGUUGACUCUCUCGCUAAGCUUGAGAAGGAGAUGAGAUUCAGCCUCACGGAGCUCCCUGUCCCAUUCGUAACGUGCCCUCUCUACGGGAUGAUGGCAAUCGGGCCAUAUGUUCGCUUCUACAAGCUCGAUGAUCCGAACGGAACCAUGGAGGAACUUCACCCAAGUCCUGACGGAUCAGCGUGGCAUAUUCGACAUGAUGAUAAGGCGAUCGAUUCGACCUUAAAUUGGCUUUUCAACCAUUUCGUUUACUGA